ACACAGACAUGCGCUGGAAAAGUGAAGUAAAAGUCGAGUGUUGCAUAGUUAGCGAGGACGAGAACGGAUCCCUGUUGUCCAACGAUGAGGUGAGUAACGACAAUUAAAGACGGAGCAGCAGGCUGAGGUCAGAGUCAGUGUACAGACCGUACGGGAGAUUAAAUAUUAGUCGAGAAUUGCUUUGCCAAUUAAAUCAAAGUGGGCUUCAGUCUGUUAUUAAAGCCGGCCGUCCACACGCUGACAGCUCAGUAUUUUCACAAUUUGAAGAAAUGUCGAAGAAAAUUACCCCUCCCUGAAUUCUGCAAUUAAAACUCAAGUAGUUAAUGAGACCUCUUCACCUUUCGGUUGCCCCGGUUAGACGUUUGUGGCGAACUUAGCCUUUUAAUUGCUGUUAUUAAAAAAAUCAAUCCCGUUUUCCCCUCAGAGACCACGCGCUGUUUUUUUUUUUUUUUUUUUUUUUUUGAUUGACACGUGAGAUUGGAGUGUUGUGGGGUUUUUUAAACCACAGCACCGCGCGCAGUUGUCGCGAGCAGUUGCUGAAUCCCAAAUGCAGAUCUCAAGAACAUAAUGCACAUAGGAUAAGUAUUAGUUCAAGUGUUGUCUGUUUUUGUAAGUAAUGACUAUCCUUCUCUUUUAAAUGUCAUUUUGGUAAUCGCCGGGCGUUGUCAUGGUGAAAAGUGAAAGGCAUGAUAUUUAUGGGAUGGAGCAGGGGGCAUUUAAGGCAGCUGCUACAGUCUGACAGACCAGCAUCCUCUACCCGCCGUAGCUUCUCGUCAUGUGUGAAGAUUGCAAAGGAGACGAAGAGCUGCUAGGCAAAUGCACUGAGGACAGGAGAGACAUAAUGGGCGCGCCGGUGGAAGUUUUGGACGAAGACGCGUCGUCACUUCAGGCGAUGGCAUCCGCGCCUCUGCUCGGCAGGGUUGUGUGCGCGAACUGCAACGAGGAAAUCGUGGAUAAAUAUUUAUUAAAGGUGAACGACUUGUGCUGGCAUGUGCGCUGCCUCUCCUGCAGCGUGUGCCAGACUUCGCUUGGCAGCCACACGAGCUGCUACAUCAAAGAAAAAGAAGUUUUCUGUAAACUGGAUUACUUUCGAAGAUACGGCACCUGGUGUGCGUGCUGCGGCCGGAACAUCCACUCCACAGACUGGGUCCGCCGGGCGAAGGGCAACGUUUACCACCUGGCCUGCUUCGCCUGCUUCUCCUGCAAGAGGCAGCUGUCCACCGGGGAGGAGUUCGCUCUGGUGGAGGAGAAGGUGCUCUGCAGGGUUCACUACGACUGCAUGCUGGACAACCUCAAGCGGGCCGUGGAGAAAGGGAACAGUGUUAACAUGGAGGGGGCUGUGCCCACUGAGCAGGAGAUUAACCAGCCAAAACCCUCCAAGAGAGCUCGGACCAGCUUCACUGCCGACCAGCUGCAGGUGAUGCAGGCCCAGUUUGCUCAGGAUAACAACCCAGAUGCUCAAACUCUGCAGAAACUGGCGGAGCAGACGGGCCUCAGUCGAAGAGUCAUACAGGUCUGGUUCCAGAACUGCCGAGCACGCCACAAGAAGCAUGUGAGCCCCAACCACACCUCCAGCACCCCAAUGACCUCACUGCAGCCCAGCCGGCUGUCCCAGCCCACCCCGACCCCCGAGGAGCUACAAUACACGACUUACGGUGGCCUGGAGGGAUCAAUGCUCUCUGCACUACACUCCUUCAUAGACAUACACUCCCCUCCAUCCAUGUUUCAACCGCUGCUGCCCGCACACGCCAUGGCCUCCCUGCCUGUGUCUCACGCCUGAGCUACACACACACACACACACACACGCACACGCACACACACAGAAGACCUCCCUUCCGAUGGUCCGACUCAUUAGCAGCUGCAGUAUUCACAUCUCCAUGGUAAAUAUAAUUUCAUUUUAAGCGAACCACCACAAAGGCUUUCCUUUCACAUGUCGACAUUCUUUGAAAACACUUGAUUCACUGUUGAGCAUAUUAUGGAUGAAUAUCAUUUACAGUCCUAAAUGUAUUGUGGAAAUGGAAAGGUUUCAGUGUACCUAAUAGGAUUGUGACAUAUGACAUUAUAGAUUUAUAUUUGUUUGUGUAGUUGGUGACACAGUUUGACCGUCCUACCUUAAGUGAAAGACACGAGACCCAAAAUGUCAACUCAUUAUGAAGGUGAACUUGAAAUUGUUUGUGUGUUUGAAUAUUGCAAUUUAAUUUAUUUAUUGUAUUUGAAGUCUGUUUUGAAAAUAAAUGUCUACUUUCACAAAUCGGGGGAGAUGAAUGAAUGAAAAGAUAUUUUACACAACAGUUUAGACCUCAGGAAGUGGAAAGUAUACAAACAAUUUAUUGAUAAAAAUAGAAGUAAUAAAACAUUAACAUCUAUAUUUGAAUAAACAGAUACACAAGCAACAUAUCCUGUUAAAAAAAAACAUGCAACUUUAUCCGUAUAAAUAAAUACAUGACAGAGGCAUUUAUAAUGUCAUGCUUUCUGCACAUGAGCAACAAUAAAUAACGUUUAAAGUAUCGACAGGUUAGAGCAAGGAAUCUUCAGAAUUUGACGUUUAAGAGUUUGUGGUAAGAAAACUGCCGCACAGGUUUUACUUGUGUCUACUUGUUGACUGUGGUUGACCAAAAGAAUCUAAUUUCCAGACAUGGGAGGGUGGGGGAGGCACAUAAAAACACAAUUUUUACUUCACUUAUCAGAUCUCAGGUAUUCACCCUCAUGGGAAUGAACCUGAGCUGCAUGCACAUAAAGAUACAAAAUACAUCUGGCAGUAUAAUAGUUACUCAGUGUGAAAAAACAACAACAACAACAACACGCUAUGUGCAUAAUACGCCACAUUUAGUGGCACAUGCAUCGUUCUGAAGAGGUUCGGAUACACAAGCUGAGUUGUUUUUGCUCUUAUUUAAUGCUAACGUUGUACGUGUCCCAGCGUGUUCAGUUCAAACGGGAGCAGAAGGUGUGUGAGUCUCGCAGUGCUGUCACUCUGAGGCACCAUAAGGGCUGCUUCUUGAGUUUGACAAACACAAAGACUUACAGGCAUGAGUCACAUCUCAAAGAUCUGAAGGUGAGCAUCAUUCAAAGCAAUGAAUGGAAACAUUUAGGAAAAGAAGACCUCACCAGAAGUUUGAAGUCUGUGAAAUACAAGGACACAGUGGGUGAAACUGCUAACAGCUGCGUCACUUAUUUAUUUAUCAGUCACCCGACCAACAACCAGGUGACACCCUUACUUGGCUCACUGGUAAUCAGACAAACUGACGUUGACUGUCUGGUAUUUGACAGAGCAUAUAUAUAGAGGCGUUUAUACUCCAGGAAGAAACCAAUGCAAAAAUAUUUGUAAAGUUCAAAAACUAUAAACAUAUAAUCAAUCUGAUUAAUAAACAUUGUUCUAUUUGACUAAUAACUCAGUAAUAUUAUGUGGGACCAGCACCACUUUGGAUCAACAAGAGGACCCAUAGUUACAAAAACGCUGGUUCAAAUGAGGUUCAUAACUCAAAAGAGAAAUUUUGAGCUUAAGUUUUGCUCCAUGAGCUGGAAAGACUUAAUACACCACCUCUGUUUCUAAACUUAUAAUAUGCAGAGAAGUGGUAAUAGCUGGAAAGUCACCUUAAAAACCAAUAGGAAGUGACUCUCAGGUACUAAUAAAAUGCAUUUUGGGAGGCGUAUCACUUUAAGAACAGCUAUGAGUGUUAUGUAUCCAUGUUAAACAGCACAUGUUACAGGCAGAAGCAUUUUUUUUGGUGGACAGACACACAGGUUGCUUCCUAUCCAACAUUUGGAAAAGACAAAACCUCAUCAGUGGCUGCCGACUAUCCCUUUAACAAGUUCUUUUUAAAAAUAUUCAUGCAAGCAUCGUCAAUUAUAAACUAUGUAGCUAUAAGAUGCAAUUAGACACUGAAUGUGGCAAUUCUAAGAAAAAAAGGCACUUCAAAACCGAAGCACUUUGAACUGCUAUGCCAUUAUGUCCUUCACAGUCAAAUAUGAAAACAGCGGACACUUACAGUGGCGAAUAUGUUUCUCAAUGUGAGACAAUUUGAGGAUAAAUACUGUGGUAACACAAUACACAGAUGAGCAAACGUUUGACCAUUUCAUGGAAAAACUGGUGCAAUCAGCAGUGCAUUCACUCCUCAAGAACAGUACAACAGGGUGUCUGGUGAUGACUGGCACCACCAAGUGGUGAAAACUGGUAACUACAAGAGGUUACGAGCUAAAACAUCUUACCACAAGCCCAAUCAAGAAAGAAAUCACCUGUUUCUAUAGAAACUUACUGUGUAGUGUGACUGUGGCUGUAGAAAAUACAACAAAGCAUAUUU